AUGGAACUUACGAUGGAAAACAUUGGCAACAUGCACGGCGUCUCCCAUUCACAGACGGGAGACUUGAUGAAUUCUUCGCACGGGCGACCGUCAUCAGCAUCCCACCGGAACUUAGUAUCGCACGGACGCUCAGCUAUGGUCUCCAGCAUGGCUUCCAUCCUGGAGGGUGCCGGGGAUUACCGGACAGACCCUGCGCUCUCCGGACACCUGCACCCGGCGAUGACCAUGUGCGAGUCCGGUAUGAGCCUCCCCAACACGUACACCACUCUCACCCCUCUCCAGCAUCUUCCUCCCAUCUCCAGCGUCUCCGACAAGUUCCAUCAUCCCCACCCGCACUCGCACCACCAUGCCGCGCAUCAGCGACUCGCGACGGGCAAUGUCAGUGGAAGUUUCACCCUGAUGAGAGACGACCGAGGCCUGGCAUCAAUGAGCAACCUGUACGGACACUAUCCCAAAGAGAUGUCCGGGAUGGGUCCACCACUCUCGCCACUGUCAAAUGGCUUGGGUUCCUUGCACAACUCCCAGCAAACGCUAUCCGCGUACGGGCCCAGCGCUCACUUGGCCAACGACAAGAUGCUAUCCACGGGAGGCUUCGAGUCCCACGCCGCUAUGCUCUCCCGAGGCGAGGAGCACCUUGCUCGGAGUUUAGGGGGUCACGGGCACGGUAUGAUCUCGAAUCUUAACGGCAUGCACCCGCACAGUCACUUGCACUCGCAGGCCAACGGUUCUAUGCUCGGCGAGCGAGACAGACAUGCAACGGGUGCUGGCCAAGGUGGUGCGUCUGGACAGGUGGAGGAAAUCAACACCAAAGAGGUGGCACAGCGGAUCACAGCAGAGCUAAAACGUUACAGUAUACCUCAAGCAAUUUUCGCCCAGCGGAUCUUGUGUCGCUCACAGGGUACAUUGUCGGACCUUCUGCGGAACCCGAAGCCGUGGAGUAAACUGAAGUCCGGUCGGGAAACAUUUCGGCGCAUGUGGAAGUGGUUACAGGAACCAGAGUUUCAGCGGAUGUCAGCUCUUCGACUAGCAGCCUGCAAGCGGAAGGAGCAGGAGCAGCACAAAGAGCGCAACAUGGUGCCCAAGAAGCAGCGUCUGGUCUUCACCGACCUGCAGCGCCGCACGCUCAUCGCCAUCUUCAAGGAGAACAAGCGGCCCUCCAAGGAGAUGCAGAUCACCAUCUCGCAGCAGCUGGGGCUGGAGCUCAGCACCGUCAGCAACUUCUUCAUGAACGCCCGGCGCCGCUGCUCGGACCGCUGGCACGACGAUGGUGCCAGCCCGGGCCAGCCGGGUCCCUCGGCCACCACCUUCUCCAAGGCCUGA